ACAUGCAUGUUUACUAACACUUUGAAGUAUAAUUAGAAGAAUGGCAUCCCUGAUACCUGGAGUUCUCCUGAAGCUUCUCCAAAGUAUGAACUCUAAUGUAAAAGUUCGCGGGGAAUACCGCUCAGUCCUUCUGCAGGUGAUCAGCAUCGUGCCUGCAUUAUCUGGGUCUGAAUUAUGGCCUAACCAUGGUUUCUUCAUAAAAGUCUCCGACUCUUCUCAUUCAACCUAUGUCUCACUCUCUAAGGAAGACAAUGAGCUUAUAAUGAAUAACAAGUUGCAGCUUGGCCAAUUCUUUUAUGUGGAUAGGAUCGAGGCUGGUACACCAGUCCCUAUUCUUCUUGGGGUUAGACCAGUUCCUGGACGCCACCCUUUUGAAGGCAAUCCUAAGGAUUUAAUGCAGAUGUUAGAGCCAUCAGAGGGUCCACUGCAUCCUGAUAAUGAUGGAGUUAAUGGUUCAAAAUCCAUGGACUUAACAGAUACCAAAGAGAAUCCAAGUUCAAGGCAGAAGAUUGUUAUUAAAGAGGAAAAAGCUGGUGUUGCAUCCAGGUACAUGCAGGGUGUUCUAAUUCCAAACUCAAAAGUGAAUGUACCAGAUACUAAAGUAGGAAGCAAAGGAAAUGAUUUAGAGAAUGGUGUGGAUGGUAAGAAGGUGGGAUCUGCAAAAGGAAAGCAACAAGAGAUUAAAGGUCAGGUACUCCCAAUGACUCCGACUCGUACUCGAAUGGAAGCACUUUCGCCAAAGCAAGACGUUGCUCAGGAGAGUGUGAUAGCACCCUCCAAGCGCACUUCUACCAAACGCAGUUCUACUAAACAGGAAAAUUUGAACUUGAAUGUUUUGUCCAGCAGUAAAGAUAAAAGCAAAAUCACUGAGGCAAUUCCAUGGUCCUCUUUGCCAGCCAAACUUUUGAGGCCUGGAAAGGGAAUUCUUAGAAGGAAACAUCUAGCCUCUCUGGUUGUAGUAGAAGCUCAAAAGGAAGCAUCUGCUGCAGCAACUGUACUCAAGUGCCUAAGUAUGUUCGCCAAUAUCUGCUCUUCAGCAGCAUCAGAGAACCCCCAUGUCACACUGAACAAGUUUUUUUCUCUUCAACAGCUCAUGGACCAGCCAAAUGGUACAAUUCAGUUGAAAGAUAAAUCAUUUCAACUAGAUAAGAUUCCAUCUCCUGCAGAAAAACAUAAACCUGGCAAAAAGGCAGGUUUAAUGCCAAAUAAAAGCACACCAAAGACUCCAAGACCCUUAACCGAAUUAUCAGAGACUGAGAAACAAGAAUGGGCUAAAGGCGAUGGUAUAAAAGAGAUCAAUGAGCUGAGAGAAGUAUUUUUGAAUGAAACAAGAUCAUGGUUUUUGAAGUACUUGGAAAAGACAUUGGAUGCUGGGUUUUCCGUGGGCACCCAAGCGAAGGGCAAGGAGAGUAAAGAUUUUGCAGGGAGACAAAUGGACCAAGCCAACCAUAUAGCUCUCACGUUGUCCCACCUUAAGCAUGCAAACGACUGGCUGGACAAUCUGAGAAGCAGUUUAAACUCAGAAAGUGAGGGGCUGGUGGAGGCUGUUGAAAGACUGAAGCAAAAAGUUUAUUCUUGCUUGCUUGUACAUGUGGAUUCUGCUGCAUUAGCUUUGGAGAACCGAGCUUGAUUAUAGGACUAGAAACCGCUUUACAACAAUAUAACUACAAGUCUAAUGCUAUUUAUAAGUUAAAUUAUACAAUUUGGUUGAGCCAAGUAUUGCUAAUGGAAGCUUAGCUUGCUCUGUUUAUAAGUGGGGAUGGGAUAUGUUAUGCUAUUUGUUCCCAAACACGAAUAAAUAAGGGACUGACUUGAAGUUAAAUUUCAAUUUCCCUUACAAAUCAAAAUAAAGAACAGCCUUUCAUGGCUCUUGUUCGAUCAUUCAAAGUUGAAAUUAUAUGAUUUUCUGAUUGAUGCUUGUUGAUAAGCACAUGUGCAGCCAGUGACGCAGAUUAGAAAGCUUUUGAUUCGAGGAAUAGACGUGCUAUUGACAAUGUUUGACUGAAUGUGAUAAUCGUAAAGAA